AUGGCUUUCCAGCCCUCAAGACUAGAUGCAGUCUGCGAAGAUGUGCACGCUGAUUUCACAUCAUCUGAUCUAGAAAGUAUUCAAUGCCUCUGUCAGCAAGUAAGACUCUUGCGUGUAAGUGCGCAGCGCCUUGUAAUGGAACACAUACCUUCACUUGCAGCAGACAUAACCUCACUUCAAGAGUCUCACCUAACAUUUACGUUGGGUGGAGCUCCUAAUAAUCAACUCGAAGAAGGAAUAAAUUGUCCUGCAGGUUUAGUUCUUGGUGCACAAUCCCUAUUUUCUCAUUGCAAGAAGUUGACAUCUGAUGUGACUCGAGGUGUACACAGGCUAUGCGAUAAUAAACGUGUCCCUAAGAAUUUGUACGCUAUUGGUUACACACCUCACUAUUACAGAAAACGCUGUCCACAUUACACGAGUUCACAAAUGUCACCUACUGUUACUGUAGAAGAGCAUCAGUACACUUCCGCCAACAAUAAAACAAAUACGAGAGAUUCACCUCAACCACAAGCAACGCAGAGUGCAAACAAAACAGUAACAGCAGAAAAUGAAAAUCCUCUGGAUCAGGGUCGUCAGCAGAAAAUGUAUUCUGACAAACCAUCACCAUUUGGACAGGCAACGGCAGGAGCAGGAACAGAGGUCAAGCCAUCACCAUUUGGACAGGCAACGGCAGGA